AUGCGAUCCAACACGCAUUACACAUUAAAGGGUGUAAUCAUGGAUAUAGUAGUUGGCAGCCCACACUCAGAAAACAAGCUCAAUGUAGACACAUGGAACGACUAUAUGGACAAAGUGACCAAAAAGGCGUUACCAUCUAACUACAAUUUUGAAAUCGCAAAGUCGGUUGCAAAAAUACAACAGAUACAAGCAACAACGGUGGCAUUACAGAUGCCAGAAGGACUUCUAGCUUGGGGAUGUGAAAUUGCAGAUAUACUCAAAUUCUUUUGUCAAUCACUAGAAGAGGUCAUCAUUAUGGCUGAUGUCACAUAUGGAGCAUGCUGUAUUGACGAUAUCACAGCACAGACCAUAGGAUGCGAUCUCAUCAUACAUUAUGGACACUCGUGUUUGAUACCGGUCACUGAUGUACUCGUACAGUGCCUAUAUGUAUUCGUGGAAAUAAGCUUCUCAGCAGACCACCUAGCAAACGUAGUCACACAGCUGUUCAAACCUCACGAUAAAAUAUUCGUUAUGGGCACCAUACAAUAUUCAAACGUACUACGAGAAGCUGCAGCAAAAAUUGAUCGAUCGGGAUACUUCAAAACCAAGGUCAUAGUACCACAGGUCACACCGCUACUGCCUGGAGAGGUUCUAGGAUGCACAUCACCAGUUUUGGAGAACUGGGAAUUUCAACGUAACCCGGAAACAGAUCAUCAAUCAAAGGACCAGGUUGGAAUUGAUACUGAAGAACACGAGAUCAUGUUAGACGGUGAAAGGAAAAUACUCUUUGUAGCUGAUGGAAGGUUCCACUUAGAGAGUGCCCUCAUACAUAACCCUGGAAUAAAAGCAUACAGGUUCGAUCCUUUCAAUAAAACAGUUACAGAAGAGUCGUAUGAUAUAUCGAUGCUACAUGCAACCAGACAGAGUGCCAUUCAAAGAGCAAGAGGUGCCAAAUCCGUUUGCUUGGUACUCAGCAUGCUAGGAAGGCAGGGGAACAUCAAUAUACUGAAAAGCAUUGUGAGGAUGUUGAAUAACGCCAAAAUCAACCAUCAUGUAAGGUUAUUAUCGGAAAUAACAAUCGACAAAUUGGAAAUGUUAGAUGUGGACGCAUAUGUUCAAGUAGGAUGUCCCAGACUGUCAAUCGACUGGGGAGCGGGGUUUGGGAAACCGAUACUCAACCCCUACGAGGCCUUUGUGGCGUUCAACAACGAAAGCUACAAAAGUGUAUAUCCCAUGGAUUACUACUCGAGAAAUGGAGGAGACUGGUCAAACUAUACGGCCAACCGUCUUGUAGCACCCUCUAUGGAUGCUAAAGAGGCCAUAUUACGAAGAUUACAACAACGUACCAAGGCAAAACAGCUGAUGUACUCAUCGUAG